UCAGCCAAUCCUCUCUGUGUGAGGGGCUUCAGCAUCAUGAUAUUUAACAAACCCACCCUGACCAUCCGACAAAGGUAUUUCCUCAAGCGCCUGUCAAAGGGCGAGCAUCACCUGAGCUGGAUGUUCAUCAAGAAACGCUGAAACUUUCUCCAAAAAACAUCACAUUUGUCGACGGAAGGAGGUGCGAUGCCACACUUUUCUCGAAACCUGCCAAGGCAUGCCAUGCGUCUCAUCGCUUUCAACGACUGAACACCUUUGAUUUGUACCGGAUAAGAAGCGCAAAUGAACUUGUGCAGCUGUGAAAGAGAGCUCGCGCGUUGUGUGAAUAGAUGUUUUCGUCGUACACUGAGAUGGACCGCGGCAGCGCGAACACGCACUUUUGUGGAUAAUUUCUCUGACGAGGUUUCACUUAAUUAUAGGCUAUUUCGCAAAUGUCUGCAGCUAUUCAAUGUUAAAAUACACUAUGAGUGAUUGUGUCGGAGAUUGCUCUGACGUCUCAAGUAGUGACUUUACGGGUGGAAUUUAAUCGCGAGCGCACGUAAAUAACGGGAUUAUUGCUUCGCAUGGAUGUGGAUGAGCGCUGCGCUAAAUAAACCCUACUUUCUGCCCUUAAACUGGCAAAUAAAAACGAAAUUGUUACAUGUGUUCUUCUCAUAAAAUUGGGAGCCCGUGUUUUUCAUACUGUUGGCGAUGUAGUGCGCUUGCUCACUUUUAUCCCUGCCUUUCCAAACAAGUCUUUUCUUGAACAGGAGACCCUGAAGAUGAUCCUCUUUAGAAAAUUCCGCGUCUUGAUUCUGAUGGUGUUUCUUAUAGCCUGCUCUAUGCACAUUAUGAUAGACUUGUUACCGAGGCUGGAGAGACGGAGCAGUAGCGCGUGCUCGUGCUCACACAAACCCAGCGAAGAGCCGCAGAACUGGGCUAAGCAUCGAGCCAAGCCGGGACCAGAGUCCGGCUGGCCUAAUAAACACACGCUCAGAAUACUUCAAGACUUCAGCAACGAGCCGAGCUCAAACCUGUCCUCUCACUCGCUGGAAAAGAUCACCGUUGGGGAGAGAUCCGAGGCUCUUAAAAGAUUUGAGCAGUUGACAGGUGACGAGAAGAGGCACGCGACACGGCACUCUACCUUGAAGAACGCAGUUGUCAAGGGUUCGAGGCUCUCUGCGCUAUUUGAGCAUCCUUUAUACACCAGGCCAUUGCCACCUUUAACAGAGGAAGACACUUUGUUCAAUGUCAACACUGAUAUAAGAUUUGACCCUAAAGCUGCAGAGAACCCAGAGUGGAAUGGGGAAGGUAAAGAUGGGAAUUAUGCUCCUACGGGCGAGAUGUCCUCAGAUUCCUACCCAAACUGGCUCCGCUUCCACAUUGGGAUCAACCGGUAUGAGCUGUACUCCAGGCACAACCCGGUCAUUGAUGCAAUGCUGAAGGAUCUGGUGUCACAGAGAAUUACCAGUGUUGCAAUGAAAUCUGGAGGUACGCAACUGAAGCUCAUCAUGACAUUCCAGAACUAUGGCCAGGCGCUCUUCAAGCCCAUGAAGCAGACACGGGAGCAGGAGACACCCCCAGACUUCUUCUACUUCUCCGAUUUCGAGAGGCACAACGCUGAGAUCGCAGCAUAUCAUCUCGAUAGGAUCCUGGAUUUCCGUCGAGUGCCGCCAGUGACUGGACGACUGAUGAAUAUGACCAAAGAGAUACGAGAUGUGACCCGUGACAAAAAACUGUGGAGAACCUUUUUCAUUUCACCAGCUAAUAACAUCUGUUUCUACGGUGAAUGUUCGUACUACUGCUCCACUGAGCAUGCUCUGUGUGGGAAGCCUGACCAGAUCGAGGGCUCUUUAGCAGCUUUUCUUCCCGACCUGGCCUUGGCCAAGCGCAGGACCUGGAGAAACCCCUGGAGACGGUCCUAUCACAAACGCAAGAAAGCAGAGUGGGAGGUGGAUCCAGAUUACUGUGAAGAGGUGAAGCAGACGCCACCCUAUGACAGCGGCACACGCCUGCUGGACAUCAUGGACAUGACCAUUUUUGAUUUCCUCAUGGGGAAUAUGGAUCGCCAUCAUUAUGAGACAUUUGAAAAAUUUGGAAAUGAAACUUUCAUUAUUCACCUUGAUAACGGAAGAGGCUUUGGUAAACAUUCUCAUGAUGAGCUCUCCAUACUGGUGCCUUUGAGUCAGUGCUGCAGGGUGAAGAAGUCGACUCAUUUACGGCUUCAGCUGUUGGCUAAGGAGGAGUUCAGACUGAGUGCUCUGAUGGAGCAAAGUCUGCAGACUGACACGCUGUCACCCAUUCUUAUUAGGCCUCAUCUGGAGGCCAUGGACCGCCGGCUGCACCUGGUGCUCCAGGUACUGGCCGACUGCAUUGAGAAGGAGGGCUACAGUAACGUAGUAGAGGAUGACAUGGUCACAGAGGGCAUGAACACGGGCACAGUCCCACAAAGGUAGUGGGCACAGACUGAUCAGGCACCACCCGGUGGGUCCUUUGAAGUCCCUCCACAGCUCUAUAGACCAUGAACGUCUUGCAAGAGAUGCUCUUGUUGAUAAACUUUUCUGAAUUCAGUGAAUUCCAAAGACUCAUUGUUCAACUGAUGGACCAUGUGAUAAAUAAAGACACACAGUAGACAAAGAAAGCAACGGUGUUCUGCAGUUCUGAAUCCAAAAUGUAAGCUGAUCUUCACAUGUAACAACCAGUGUUAUAAAGUAGGGGUUCUCAUCUGGUGCAUUGUCAGCAAAGAAAAAACAACACUUAAAUGCAAAUAAUAAAAUUAAUUAAUUAGAAUAAUAAUAAGUAGUAUUAUUAUUGCAGCUUAUAAAAUACAAUGCAAAUAAAACAGAAAUAAUAAUAAGAAAAAGAAGAAUAAAUACAGAUUGGUUAUUAAUACUUAUUAUAGUUUAUAAAAACAAUUAAACAUUAAUAAAAACCAAUGUUCCUAUUCAGCUUAUGUUGAUAUAAUUUUGGUAUAAUAGUGGACCUAAACGAUGAUAAUAAUAAUAUUAAUACAUUUUUAUAUUAUUACUUUAUAACAAUUUGACAAAAAAAUGUUUUUACAAAAUGGUAAUUUAUCCUGUUCGACCUAUGUCAUGUUUAUAAUUUGGCAUAUCAAUUAGUCUAAGCAGCUCUUGGUAGACUUAACUUUAAUAAUUCAUAUUUUUGUAUGAAUAAACAUUUUUGGCUCUGUAUUGUGUUGCCAUGUAAUGUCUAAUGUGAGAUGCAAAAGCGAAACCAGUUGAGAACCACUGUUAUAAAGGAUCUUAAUAAAUACAUAACUGAAAUUCAUAUAUUUCCAUGCUUUAACAGAAUAUCAUUUAACUAGUAUUUGCUGUCCCUUUGAAAAGUAUUUGACUAUUUGAACUUUAGAGUUAUAUCAGCUAUUUUUUUAAAGAAAUGAGCAAAGGAUGUGCAGGACAGUUCAUCUGCUACAGUGAAUGUUCGGCUGAAGUUUCAGUUCAAACUUAUGAGGAGCUACAGCUUCACAAACUCUCUCAGCAUUGUAUGUGACGUGUGCACCUUUGUCUGAAUAUAUGUUGACUGCCAUGUCUUCAAAUAAAAUUCUUUAUAUUCUCUCCAUACCAAGGAGGAAUAAGAAGAACUGUGCAUUCA